AUGAAAAAGAGAGGACAUGAUAAGUCUAUUCAAGCAAUUGAAACCAAAAGACAACAGAUCCCAAAAGUUGUUUCGUUUUGGGAAAAACAACGUUCUUUUGCAAAUAUAUUUAAUCAAAAGAUAUCCGAGUUAUGUGAUUUAAUGAAAAGUCAUGCAGAUUUUCUUGAAACAGCAACGAUUCAACAAAUUACAGGUUUUGAUAAAAGUUGUUAUUCAGAAACAUUAUUAGAAUCUUUUGUUUUUAUAACAAAUAGUUUUGAAGCUGCUGGGCAAGAGAUUACUACUACUUUUGGAAAAACUGAUGAAAUAAUUUUAUAUUUGAAACAAAUCAAAAAACUUUUUGAGAAAAAUAAGAAUCCAGAAACAUUAGUUUCCACAUAUUAUAAAAUGACUGAAAGAUUAAAGUGGGAAUCACCACUUCUUUUUACUAACAUCUUUCAUGCAUUUCAAACAUUAUUUUCCAUUGGUGAUUUAUUUUUUAGUUGCAAUGAUACUUUGACAAUGAUUACUGAACAAGCUCAAAAAGCAAAACAAAGUUAUAUAAUUAAAAACGUAGAGCCAAAACCAAAUGUAUUAUAUUGUGGAAGAAGUUUAAAAGAGAUAUUAGACUCUGAAGGGAGAUAUUAUUAUCAAUUACCUCGUAUAAUAGAAAAUAUUUUAGUUUAUUUAUACAACAAAGGAUGCACUACCCAUGGAAUUUUUAGAGAAACUACUAAUGCAAGUACUAAGGGUGUUGAAGAAAUUUACCACCGAAUGGGUGUUACUGAUUUUGAAGACCUUCCACCUGAUGUUGUUGCUAAUGUAUUUAAAAAAUUUUUAAGAGAAAUGAAAGAAAAAGUAUUUCCUUAUGAGGUUUCAAUGUAUUUAUUAAAAGAAUGGCAAAAAGGAAGAGCAAAAACAAGGACAACUUCAGCAGAAAAAAGAAAAAUUAUUCUUGAGGCUAUUAGAAAGAUGCCAUUAGAAAACGUUACAUUAUUAAGAAGUAUUUUAAAAUUAUGUAGUAAAAUUGAUUCAAUGUCUGAUAUAAAUGCAAUGACUAAUAAAAAUUUAGCUGUUUGUUUAGCACCUACUUUAAUGACAAUUAGUGAAGAUGUGAAUUCAAAAACACUUGACUUAAAAUCUGGAGGAGAUGUUGUUGGAUGUAUUGAGAUUAUUACUUUUAUUUUCAUUGACUAUCCUCAUAUUUAUCCAAAUGACGUUGAUGUUAAUGUUACUCGUAGAUCAAGGAGAAUGUCUCAAAGACUUGUUACUUGUCUUGCUGAAGGAAUGAAUGAAGAAGAAGAAAUUUAUAAAGGAAUUGAACAAAUAAGGAAUAAAGGGGAAGGGGUCCAACAGACAGAUAAUAAAAAAGAAGUUAUAACUCAUCCCGUAAUGCCUAAACCAUUGUUAGAUGAUAUUAGAUCAUCCACUGGUCAAAUUAAUCAGUUAAAAGAUAUAAAUGAAAUUCAACCUUCAGCACAAUUAACUCCAUCACAAAAAGAAACUCAACGAGAUUGUCAAAAAGUGAUAAUAAGUAAAACUCAAACCCAAGAAGAAUCUAUUCCAAAACCUAUUGGUAAGAAGUCUAAUAUUAACGAUGUUCAUGUUCAAUGUUGUGAUGAUACAAAUACAAACAAAAGUUCAAUUCCAAUACAAUUAACAGAUAAUUUUGUUGAACAGAGCAAUGGAAGUAGCACUUUAGGAAAUCAACCUAAGACAAUAAAACCAUGUAAGGAAGUUCACAAACUACCAAAUAAAAAAUUACCAGUACCACCUCAGAAAUGUGUUGAUACACAACCAAUAGAAUAUAAUGAGGUAAUACCACCUCUUAGUACGACUCUUUCUUCUCAACGAUUAGAAGAUGGAACUUUACAACCACCACCUGUCCCACCAAGAAGGUCUCCUAAGCCUAAGCCAUGUAGUUAUGCACCCCCAGCUGAUUUUGCUUGA